AGCAAGCCACGCCCACAGAAAGCCAGCAGGUGAGCCUGAUCAACCAGGUACAUUUGCCUUCCAAAUCCUUCAGCGAUACAGCGAGUGAACAGCUGCUGUGUACAAACCUUCAGCGCAGGUUUCCCUGCAGUCAUGAACUGGGCUUUUCUGGAGAGUGUUCUGAGCGGGGUGAAUAAAUACUCCACCGCCAUUGGUCGGAUUUGGCUCUCGGUGCUCUUCAUCUUCCGCAUCCUGGUGUUUGUGGCUGCUGCUGAAAACGUCUGGAAAGACGAGUCGAAGGAUUUCGUGUGUAACACCCAGCAGCCAGGGUGUGAGAACGUCUGUUAUGACCGGUUCUUUCCAGUGUCUCAGGCACGUCUGUGGGCUCUGCAGCUCAUCAUGGUGUCCACGCCAUCCCUGCUGGUGGCCCUGCACGUGGCUUAUCGGGAGCACCGUGAGAAAAAGCAUGGGCGGAAACUUUACGAGGACAGAGGCAGGAUCGAUGGCGGCUUGCUGUUCACCUACCUCCUUAGCCUGGUCCUGAAGACGACCUUCGAGGUGGGAACGCUGCUCAUCUUCUACUUUGUGUAUAAUGGAUUUACGGUUCCUCGUAUGUACCAGUGUGAGGAGAUUCCCUGUCCCAAUGUGGUGGACUGCUACAUCUCCAAAGCCACGGAGAAGAUGAUCUUCCUCUACAUCAUGGGCCUCACAUCUGUUCUGUGUGUGGUCCUGAACCUGACGGAGAUGACCUACAUCCUGUCCAAGCAGUGCUGGAAGUGUUUCAGUAAGAGGUACAUCCCCAUAGAACAAAAGAGAACAUGUAGCUGCCACAUCCACUCCACAUCUGCGCUCGCUCUCGGCUCACCCGGACCUAAAGUCGCAAAAUCCGCUAGCAAAGAGAAUGAGGUUCAAGUUCAGCCAUCGCAGGCUCUGAAGGAAACUCUGACAUGAUUAACACACAACAUGUGGAAGUCCUAAACACUUCUGUUAUUGUUAUUCCAUGGAACAGGUUCUCCAAAAAUUGACAAAGACCAGACAGGAAUGAACUCUAUUUUAAAAGCACUUAAAAUAAGCAGAAAAUAAUAUCAUGACAAUAAGGAGAUAAAUGCUAACAGAGAUAAAUGCUAACAGAGAUAAAUGCUAACAGAGAUAACAGACUCCCUACCAGAGAUUCAAAUGAAUCUGUUUAGUGACUUGAGUCACAUUAAAUGAUUCGUUUAUUUAGCCCAAAUAUGCAGCCUGUUAAACAACUUGUGUGUAAAACUAUAAAAAUGUCAUUUUAUAGCAUGUAAAGUAUCUCUGUUGAGGAAAAAAAAAACCUUUACACUCUCUUUCACACACACACUUGACUAAAAUGCUGGAAAUCCCCAGGACUCACUGAACAGAGCGCUCAUGUAUUUGACUGAUUCACUUGGAGGCAGAAGCUGAUAAGUGACAUCAUCAUUACCUUUCUAGUUGGUGGAAAAAGCUGUACAAUAGAAAUGUUUCCCUGCCCUAAACAGACUAGUUUGUCUUUUCUAUUUAAAAUGAGUGUAUUUUUUAUUUAUAUUAAGUUUUAUUUAUUCAUAUUUAAUGCGCCUGUGUGUGUGUACAUGUGUAUGCUUUAUAUAUAAGCACAUUAACAGUAGCGCAGAACAUCUGAUCUUUCAUUCUUGCAUGUCAACUCAUUUAAUAAUAAAAAAAUACAUAAAGGCUUUUUAUUUUUAUGAUUUUAUAAUAAAUGCAAAAUAAUCAAUGUAUCAAAAUGUGUGUGCCAGUUAAAUGUACCUGUAUUAGAGCAAUAAACCAAAACUACAUCGCAGAAUAA